UUUAUUUCGUUAUAAAUGUUCAGUUCUCGCGUUAUCUUUUAUCACAUUUCAAAUUUCGUCGGUUCCGGCAAUUUAGUUAAUAAAUAAAUAUUUAAGUUUUGGUAUUUCAAAAAACUAUAUAUUAUAAUUGAAUACAGUGAACUGUAUGUGAGGAGGCAAAAUCAAUUAUCAUAAUGAAAGGUGAAACUAAACCAGAGACGUGCAUUAAAAAUAGGGACAACUUGUAUAGACUCAUUAUAAGCCAAUUAUUUUAUGACGGUCAUUCAACAAUUGCGUCGAGUUUGGCUGCUCAAGUAAAUGCCGAUCCUCCAUGUUCUCCUUCGGACCGAUUAAUGAGUGUAGUAGCAAAAGGACUUCAACACGAAACCGAUAGACAAAAAGAGUCUGAAGAAGUAAUACAUUUAAAUCCAAUACAGCAAAUGUUAAUUGGACCAGGAAUCGAUUUGGAGUUUGAGACCAAUGUAAGUUGUUCCGCCCCAGAGCCAGCUUUGUAUGAAACUGUCUAUGUAACAUCUCAUAAAGGAGCUUGUAGAGCAGGUGCUUUUAGUCCAGAGGGCCAACUGAUUGCUACAGGAAGUAGUGAUGCGUCAAUUAAAAUUUUGGACGUAGAAAGAAUGUUAGCAAAAGCUCACGAUAUCGGUAGUACUGACAAUCAAGAAGGACAAGGACAUCCUGUGAUUCGUACUUUAUACGAUCAUUUGGAAGAAGUGACGUGUUUAGAAUUCCAUCCAAACAAACCAAUUUUGGCAUCCGGAUCUCGCGAUUGUCACGUUAAACUGUUUGAUUAUUCGAAAACGUCUGUUAAAAAAGCUUUCAAGACUAUUAAUGACGUCGAACCAAUAACUUGUCUAAGUUUUCAUCCGCAAGGCGAUUUUUUAGUAAUGGGCACUAAUAGUCCUAUAAUAAGACUGUACGACAUAAACACUGUACAAUGCUACGUUUGUUGUCUUCCAAGUCAUCAGCACACGGGUCCUCUAACAUCAAUCAAGUAUGAGCCAAGUGCCAGAUAUUUUGUGUCUGCAAGCAGAGACGGUUCGAUAAAACUGUGGGAUGCUGUAUCAAAUAAGUGUGUCAACACAUUCGAAAAAGCCCACGACGGUAGUCAAGUUUGUUCUGUAACUUUUUCAAGAAAUGGCAAGUAUAUAUUAUCAUCGGGAAAAGACUCAUUAAUAAAACUUUGGGAACUGUCAACUAGCAGAUGUUUGAUCGCUUACACUGGCGCCGGAACUACAGGAAAACAAGAACACCGAACUCAAGCGUUGUUUAAUCAUACUGAAGAGUAUGUGAUGUUUCCCGAUGAAGCUACUACUUCGUUGUGUGCAUGGAACGCUCGUAAUGCUUCUCGCCAGCAACUUUUAUCACUAGGACACAAUGGACCAAUAAGAUCAAUAGUGCAUUCGCCCAAUUCAGCAGCAUUUUUGACAUGUUCGGAUGACUUUAGAGCACGCUUUUGGUAUAGAAAACAUUUAAUCGGAGCAUAAAUGAUGUGUAUGUGUUUAAAGUAAUAUUACUAUAGUCCGGCCCACGUUCCAGCAGUUCCUGCUCAGGUUCCUUCUCUUGUGGGCAGGAGUAUACAUCGUUUUGUUAAAAAAAUUUUCAAUCAAAUGAUAUCAAUUUUUCUUAGUAAUUAUAUAACAGUAUUAAUGAUUUCAUUUAUUUACCAUUUGAAUUUUUCCUAGAUAUUGUUAUAAUAAUUUCUAAAUCAUUGUAACCACUAUGAUACAAUUAUUCUGUAAUCAAAAAAGUUAUAAAUCUACCUCAAAAAUAACUUUUUUCAAAUGAAAAAUAUGUUUACGACAAUUCAACAGACUCAAAAUAAUCUUAUCAUUGUACAU